UACACCAUCAGACCAAAUAUUUCUUCAUAAUACUCCAUACACCUAUGCAGUGCCUAUUUCCUAAAACCCUAAACCCCAAAUUAUUUUUCCCUUCCUUUAACAACAUUCCAAAAUCUCGCUCAAAGGCGUUCACAGUCCGAAGCAUGAGUUCCGGGUCACGAAUGUUCCAGCUCAAAGUCGACCCGCUUACCGGAAACUCCGAAUGGGUCAUCAUUGAAGAAGACGAGGCUUCAGGAAAUAGUAAUACAAAGCAGCUUCUUGCAAAUACUUCGUACCUUGACAUGCUGAAUGAUACUCGUAGGAAUAAAGCUUACAGGGAAGCCAUUGAUAAGACCAUAACCAAGCCGUGCCAUGUUCUUGAUAUUGGAGCGGGAACUGGUUUAUUAUCUAUGAUGGCAGCCCGAGCAAUGGGUCAUGGAGAUUCAGUGGAGAGCUCAGGUUCUAAGGGGAUAGUUACCGCGUGUGAGUCAUAUCUUCCAAUGGUAAAAUUGAUGCGGAAGGUUUUGCAUGCCAAUGGUAUGCAGAGAAAAAUCCGCAUCCUUAACAAGAGGUCAGAUGAAUUAAAAGUUGGUGUGGACAUGCCUUCACGGGCAGAUGUGCUUGUUAGUGAAAUACUCGACUCUGAGCUUUUGGGAGAAGGGUUAAUUCCAACUCUGCAGCAUGCUCAUGACAACCUACUGUCAGACAAUCCAAAAACAGUGCCUUACCGAGCAACGAUAUAUGGUCAGAUGGUAGAAAGCUCAGAUUUGUGGAAGCUGCACGAUUUGUUUAACAAUGAAAAAGGAGUACUAGAUGAAAUUCGUCUUGUUCCAGACGAAAUGGAUACAGCUUUAUGUGUCAAACGCCAACAAUUUUCCAUGCAUUGUGAUGCAUUAAAAGACAUCAAACUGCUAUCAGAACCCUUCAAAGUAUUUGAUUUUGACUUUUGGAGAAGGCCAGAGAGUCAUCGCGAAACAGAAAUGAGUGUAAAAGCUACUGAUACUGGCACUAUUCAUGCUAUAAUCUCAUGGUGGUUGCUCCAGCUUGAUGAAACAGGCACUGUCUUCUACUCCACUGCACCAAAAUGGAUAAGUUGCCCAUCUUGUGUGGAAGGACUAAAUUCGUCCAUCAGCCGUUGUCAGAACUGGUGUGACCAUUGGAAACAGUGUGUUUGGUUCAUCCCAAAGAAAGGUUUGUCUUUAUUGAAGGAUGAAGAAGUUAAUCUGCUGGCUGUUCACACUGAUACUAGCAUCUCAUAUGAAAUGAAGACUUUGUCCCAGAACCUGAAACUUGGACGAAGUGAGCUCAGUACUCAGAAGUACCAAAUCACUUUGCCACCAGAAAAAAUUGCAUUAUACAGUGACGUCAGUUGGAGAUGCUCCAUUCUAAAUGCUAUUAAAAAUGCAAUGAAGCAGAAAUUGCCCUCCCUGUGUGUUGUUGUGGAUGAUAGCCUAUUUUUGGCUGUUGCUCUCGCCCAUCUCGCAAAAGGGUCUCAUGUGCUAUCACUGUUUCCAGGAUUUCAAGAGAAAGGUGCGCAAUAUUUGCAAGCUGUUGCGACUUCAAAUGGUUAUUUAAAGGAUCACGUAGAAGUCCAGAAGAUGAGUGAACUGUUGACCUCUCAAAGUAGUCGGAGAAAGAUUGACAUGAUAGUUGGAGAACCUUUCUAUUAUGGAAACAACAGUGUGCUCCCAUGGCAAAAUCUGCGGUUUUGGAAGCAAAGAAGUUUAUUGGAUUCAAUCCUAUCAGAAGAUGCGAUAAUUAUCCCUUGCAAAGGAUUGUUAAAGGCUUGUGCGAUGUCUCUUCCUGACCUUUGGAGAAGUCAUAGGUGCCUGCAAGAUAUUGAAGGUUUUGAUCAUUCAGCUGUCAAUUCCACAUUAGGGGCAUGUGGAGGUUUACCUGCUGGACAAGAGAAUCCUACUCUGCCUUUUUCAAUCUGGCAAUGUGGGGAGAGUAAGAAACUGAGUGACAUAGUUACUAUCAUGGAAUUCAAUUUCUUGAAACCGAUGAGCCUGUCUUCUGGAAAAGCUCAGGUAGAAUUUAUUGCGCGUGGAAAAUGUCACGGAUUUGUUCUUUGGAUUGACUGGGUGAUGGAUACAGAAGAGUCCAUUGUCUCGUCUACAGGACCAGAACAAAGAUACUGGAAGCAAGGGGUAAAACUUCUGAAGGAGCCCGUGGCCGUGGGGAGCCAUAGAUCUACCACUACAACCAGUGAUUGUCACUCAGCAGAAAUUAAAACAUCUUUCGAUCCAUCAACUGGUGACCUCAUUGUAGAUUAUGCUUUCUUAUGACGAAGACUGCCUCAAUUGUCCUUGGCCAAUUAGUGUAUAUCUUCUCAAUGCCAUCCAAGUCCAGAACUGUAAGUCAUCCUAAUUUUCUCAUUGUAAGUGGCAUAAAUACAUUUGCGAUGAAAAUCUAGCCCAAAUUUUGAGGCCACAGCUUCGAGGGCGUUAGAGUUCUAGUGAUUCUCACUGUCACCAGUACUUGCUCUGUAAUACUGCCGAGUUUGCAACUCCGUGAUCGUGAGUUACUUUGUGAUUUCAUCCUUUUUUCCGCCAAAAUAAAAAAGGUAUUAGCCAAAUGUGGCCAUGCGCGCAGAAGUUUUGCAUCUCGGUUAUGUAAUUUUGAUUGGAUUGAUGGAACAUUCUAAAAGAUUGAUCUAACGUUCUAAAAUGAAGAUUAAAUUGAUUGACACUUUAAUGUUCCUAAGCGUUUUGUAGUAUGUUGAAAGUAUCGCUGCUUGCGGAGCUGCCAAUGAGUGCCACCUGUGUAAUACUCCUUCCCCUUUGUCUUCCCCCUUUCUCUAAUAGUUUUUUUUUUUAAAAAAAAGAAUGAAAAGAUAAUUAGCUGCUUGGAGCUAGCUAUAUAUAAGUGAGAGUUUCCAUUAUGCAACCUUCUAUCCCUUUAGGCUUGCAAGUUUCAGUCUUUUUUCUCUCUUACUCAUUACCAAAUUAUUACUAAUAUUUUUCGAGAUUGUUUAGACCAUUUGUCAAUUUUGAGUCUCUUAAAAGGAAAUUAUUGGAUGCUAGUAGAAUUCAUGAAAAUUCCAUUUACAUCAAGAAUGAGUAGGAAUAGGAAUCAUAAAAAACACCUUCAUGUCCCAUCAUUUUACCUUAUCGUGCCGAUGAAAUAGGUAAGAUUUUUUAUCACUUGAUUUUUUUAUUUUGAAUCUCUAGGAUAUUUUCCUCGACUAAACCUAGGCCCCAACAUUUGUCCUAAUCUAAAGUUCUCACAUGCAACAUUUGUCCUAAUCUAAAGUUCUCACAUGAUGUGGAAUUAUAUUUACUCAACAAAUAUACUGUAUUUUCACCAGUCAAAGCAUUUAAAUGGAUGAGAUAUUUGUGGUCUCCAAUCACCAUUUAUUCUUCUAGUGUUACUGGGACAAUAAAAGUUUAGCUAGAUUGUGACUUUUGGUGCAUACCACCUCUGUUUAAGUAUUGUGUCCGACCCAAACGAUCCCUUAGUGUUUAAUUUCCGAGGACCAAUUACUAGUACUAUGAGGAAUACGAAGAAGUUGUCAUGAUUUUGACUUCUCAUCCACUAAAAUAUGUAUUGUAUCUAUUUAUUUUGGUAUCUAUUUAUUGUUAUCUCCAAAGCCACUCCAAAAUCCUUCUUCUCACUUACAUAAUAUCCAUCCAUUUGCUGCACAAGAAUAAAGAUACCAAACCAUCAGAAUAAACUAACAAUUCAUGGGUUUGCAUUUAUUGAUUGUUGUAAAGCUGAAUCUGAUGGUAUCUUCUCAGAGUUCUAUAAAUACUCCUUUAAUAGUAAGCUUGUUAUUCCCUUUUCUGAUAAGACUAGCAACUUGUAGUUUCAAAACUCCUCACCAAAUUUACUCCAAUUUGGUCCAUUCUUUUAGGCUUUUUUUCUUCCAAAUGAGCCAAAUCACCGUCAAUUCUCAAUCUGCUCGUCGAUGGGAAAGAGGUGUUCGGCUUGUGUAUGAGAGGUUUACACGUUCAAGACAUUCACAGUUCUGGGAAACAGACGAGGAAAGCUUGCGUGCUCUUUCUAUGAUUGCUCUUUGAAUUACUCAUUGAAUCCAUCCUUAGGUUUUUCCCCAUAGGUAAGAGUUAAUUAUCACCAUACUAAAUGUUGUAACAUUCCUUUUUAAUCAUGUUCCAUUAUGCUUCAAAGCUCCUCCUACACGAGUCCUAGUCAUUAAAUAGCGCAGUCUAUUUUAAGCUUUCUCUACCUCCACGAGGUAGGGGUAAGAUCUGCGAACACACUACCCUCUCCAGAUUUCACUUCUAGGACUUCACCGGGUAUAUUGUUGUUAUUCUGUUUUUAAGCUUUACUUGUGCGAUCUGCAGUUCUGAUUGGUUCCAGUGACAGCCACUAGUAAUUAAUUUUACUUAUUCAGUCAUUUUAAUAGUUGCACGGAUCAACAAUGUAGUUUCUUUCAGGGAAGUGUUAGUCCUUUUAUCACAAACUUGUUAAACAUAUUUUAGCUUAGAAUGUAGAGAUUUCUUUAGUUUAUGCAUCUUUUAGCUAAUAUUUGUUUACUUUCCUUUUAAUGCAUUUGCUUAAUUAACUUUCAAAAAAUAUUUCAAACAGUUUCAUUGAGAAGGAUAUUUACAUAAUAAUAAGUCAUUAAUAAUGAACUUGUGGUAGGCAUGUUCAUUCGGUCCAUCUUCAUUGCGGCUUUAACCUGAGAUGGCGUGGAUAUAGCCGUAUUGAAGAUAGUUUUGAACUUGUUUAGUACUCCUAAGUUAGCCAAAGUAUCAGCCACCUAAUUGUUGAUUUCCAUAUAACAGUGAUUGAUCGCAAACUGCCCCAGCUCCAUUAAUCUUUUGAUUUUUACUAAAUGUUUUCUUGUAGUUGUCAGUUUGCUUUGAUGCUCCCCUUUAUCAUAUUCACUACAGACAAAAACUGAUAAAUAGUAAAUUAUUUUGAUGCGA